AUGUUCCAACCCCUGGCACGAUACAGCUUUUUAACAGGGCCCAAACCAAAAAGUACAAAUCAGGUUCCCCCAAAGGGGCACCCACCCCACGAGGGAGUAGGCUUCCUGGGGCCCCCCUGGGUAAAAAAACCGCCACAACCCCCGGUGCCCGGCCCAAGGUCCUCCGGGGGUGGAAAGGCAGGGGCAACGGCCCCCCACACCAAACCAAACCUCCCCCUCGCUCCCCCGACGACCUUCUUUGGAUGGCCCCCCACUUCCCCCCACAAGUGCCCUUUUGCUUUUUGCACCAGGGUUUGUUCCCAGGCCCCCAGCAAAACAGUUGCCUUUGCCAGAUUCGGGGGCCCCACCCUAACACCCGGCCCCCCACUUGCAACCAUCCCUGGCGCCCCCAAAUUCCAAUACGACCCUCCCCACUGGCCCCUUGAGCUGGCAAACAAAAUGCCCCCGUGGGGCCCAACCCCUCCCGUCCCUUGUGGGUGGCAUCUGGGGAAAAGUCGCAUACCUUCCGGCCCCGGAAAAUCCAUUGGCGGGGGGCUGGAGCAGGCUUGGCCCCCUAGGGCCCACUUGGGUUUGCCUUCCCAGGAAGGCCCCUCGAACUCCAAGGGGGGCCCCCUCGCCCCCGCGCCCAGG